AUGCUGGAAAGGAGGAAGAAGGCCUUUGGGCUGGACGGACGCCUCGGACACUAUCCCGCGAAGGCCACCAUCCGCACGAAGGAGAAUCAAACACCCAUAGCUGAGCCAAUGAGGGGCGCCUCUCCUGCGAAGAAGGAAAUCAUCGACAAGCAAAUAGACGUCUGGUUCGAGCAAGGCGUUAUCGAACCCUCAAUAAGCCCUUGGAGCGCGCCCGUAGUAAUAGCUUACCGCAAUGGCAAGGCGAGGUUC